AUGAAGAACAUUCAGCGUCUUGAACUGCCAGCUGCGGCUGAUAUGCACGUUCAUUUGCGUCAGGGCGAGUUGAUGGACUUGGUAGUCCCGACUGUUCGUCAGGGUGGAGUUGAUACGGUAUUCGUUAUGCCUAAUCUUCUGCCUCCCCUCACUUCUGUAGAACAGGUGCUCGAGUACAAGUCCAAGUUGACUGCAAUCACUCAGGAUGUCAACUUUCUUAUGUCUCUUUAUCUUCAUCCUUCAGUCACUCCUGAAGUGAUCGCUCAAGCUGCCGAAGCUGGCGUCACUGGUGUCACCACCAAUUCCGAGAGUGGUGUUUCUGACAUCACAGCAUUCUAUGACACGUUUGCUGCUAUGGAAAAGCACGGCAUUGUCUUAAACAUCCAUGGAGAAGUCCUCGAGUCUCUUGCACCAGCUGAUACCACCUUGGAAGAGGCUUUCCUCCCCACUCUGAAGCAACUUCACGAUCGAUUCCCUCAGCUGCGCAUUGUGCUUGAGCAUUGCACUACUGCUGCUGCUGUAGAGGCCGUCAAGGCCUGUGGCCCUACUGUCGGCGCAACUAUUACCGCUCACCACCUCUACCUCACUUCCCAUGAGGCUUGCUGCGACCCUUUCGCUUUCUGCAAGCCCAUUCCCAAGAAGCCCACUGAUAGAGACGCCUUGAUCAAGGCAGUCGUCAGCGGCAACACCAAGUUCUUCUUUGGAAGCGAUAGCGCUCCCCACCCAUUGCAGUCUAAGACAUCUGCCGAGCAAGGGAAGGCACCUGCGGGUGUUUUCACUCAGCCCUAUGUCGUGCAGCUCGUUCUUCUUGGCCUCGAAGAAGCCAUUGAGCGUGGCGUCAUCUCUGAGGCGGACGUUACCCAGGAGAAGCUUGAGGACUUCUUCAGCCGUAACGGACGACGCUUCUACAAGUUGUCCGACACUUCUGGUAACAAGAUCAUUCUGGAGAGGAAGGGCGAGAAGAUCCCUACUAGUGUUAAGAGUGCCGAUGGAAAUUCCGAGGUAGGUAUCUCCAGACAUGGUACUGAGGUGUUCAGUUUGACCUGGGCAUAA